AUGAAGGGUUUCAAAUACGGAUGCCAAAAAGAACUACUGGGAAAUAUGGAACGUUGGAUUUGUACAAAAAGAAAAUGCACAUUGUUUUUAAAAAUAAAUAAUUUAAAUAAUAUUGAGGAAUUUAACCUCGAACACAAUCACGAAAAAGAUAGUGAAAACAUAUUGGACAGGCAAGCAUUGAGUAAUAACUUAAAAAUAAAAGCUCAGGAAAAUCUUGAACGUCCAACAAAAUUAAUUUGCCAAGAGUUACUAGUCAAUGGUGAUAUUGAACAGCUUACUGAGCAUGACGUUUUUAGAGAUUUAUGA